AUGAGGUCCCUGGGAAGGGGAACUGAGACAUCCAUCGAAAAAUUGCAACCAUUGCGAACAUCGGCCACUGCAGUCGUCAAGUCACUGUUAAGAAGUAGUAUCAGCCGCAGUACGCACUGCACCAUAUGCAGUUCAGAUCUGCACAUGUGCGCCAUCGGCAUCGUCGAGGAAGUCGCCUCGGAGUCAAGAACUUUAAUUUCAGGAGGCCGCGUCAUCAUCCUACCGAUGAUUGGCUAUGGAGAAUGUUUCUACUGCAAGCGCAGGGGAUUCUCUAUUUCUGAUCAAACUACUACAUCCCAGGGGCUGGUGCAGAUGUACGGACAUCACAGCUCGGGAAUUUUCGGUUAUUCUAUGAUCAUGAGAGGAUACUCCUGCAACCAAGCCGAAAACUGCAGCGUCCCUGAUACAGAUAUUAGAUUGGUAGGUCUUGCAGAUGUGACCCCUACCCCAUGGCACGGCCGUGAAUCCGCUGAAGUGGACAAGGACGAUGUUGUUGGCCGUUUGGCAAAGGUCCAUAGGGCCCUAAAGGUCUACGCCAUCAAUAAUGACAUUAAUCUACUUAAUAUUGCGAAUGCUUAUGGCAUGAUUCCCAUCGACGUUGACGACCACUCUGAUCCAGCAGAUGAUAUUCUGUCUCUUGAUCCGCACGAUUUGGACCGCGGCAUCGAAGCAAACGGCGUCAAGAGUACGAAUUCGAUCGCUCAUACCGUAGUGAGAGCUCUGGGUGUCGAGUCGACGCGCAAGGGCGGAAACAUCGCUCUGAUUGGCGGAUUUUUCCACACGAUCAAUAAGUUCCCAAUUGGAAUGCUUACAGAUAAUGCUAUUACUCUACGUUUUGGGCAACUCUACGCCCAGAAGGCGAGGCGGUAUCGUUCCUCUGAUCAUCAGCAUGAUUACAUGUUACUGUGCGCACUAUGCAGUGUUUUCCAUUCCUACUGGAUGUUGUCGUUGGAAAAUUCCCUCGUUCGCAUUAUGUCUACAGGUUAG